AUGCCCAUCCAGCUGACUAUUACGCUCAAACAGACUCUUUUGAAGCGAGGCCAGACCCUUAAACCUUCUGGCGGCCGGUUUCAAGAGGAUAUGGCUGAGCUCAUCGACAGGCGUGGUCAGUCCGGGAUUGUUCUUUGCAAUUAUUAGUCAUUCCCGAACCCACUCUAAGCUUUGUUGAUCGCGCCUUCAUGCACCUGUGUGCAUUAUUGUUACAAAAUCAGUGGCUAUAAAUAAGUGUUCUUUCUAUCCCUCAAAUCGCGGGAGCCCAAAACAAACUCACGAGCCCCUCAGAUUGCCCAGUGACCGACCGUUCGCGUGCGUGACGAGAGAAAUAAGGUCGUGGCCGUAUACCUCAAAUAGCCUUCAUCACUUGCAGAGAGGAACACUGUGCUGUCAGCCUCAGUCUUGGGAAAAUGUGUGGCAUCUGGGGAUUGCUAGGUUGUGGGUACGAACCCAAACUACAUAAGAAUAGUUUCGACUCAAUUGUGGGGAGAGGACCUGACUUUACCAUUGUUAAAACCGUCUACCCAAACGUCGUGCUCGGAUUCCAUCGAUUGGCCAUUGUCAGAGUAAGCAUCUUUUAGUGUCACCUCUAUGGUUAAAGUUGCGGCAUUCUCUUAUAGGACGUAUUUUUCAGCCUGGAGACGAGCCCUCAAAUCAGCCUAUUUCAUAUCAAGGACAGCAAGUCGUGUGUAAUGGCGAGAUCUACAACCAUGAACAUCUCAAGAAGAUCUCGGGAUUUGAUCAUCACGAAGUCGAGAACGGAGGCUCGGAUUGUGCUGCCAUCAUCCAUUCCUUCUGCUAUUACCAAGGAGAUCUCGUCAAAACUUGUAGCUCUCUUGAUGGUGUUUUUGCGUUCGCUCUGUGGGACGGCGAGUUCCUCAAUCUUGGUCGCGACCCGUUAGGUGUUCGGCCGCUCUUCUACGGAUUUCAGAGAGAUGGCUCAUUGGUCUUCGGAUCAGAGGUCAAAUCUAUUACUCAGCUGGUCGAAAAGGUUGAGUACUUCCCGCCUGGAUGCUGUGCUCGUGUCAGUCUUUCCCAGCUCAUCAAUAAGGAACCCAUCAACAUCAGGCAGUAUUACUUUGUACCAUCGGUUCCAAAUCUCAAUGUUGAUGCAACCUCGGCUGUUGUAAGGGUUUUUAACACGUUAUCUUGUUAAUAAUUUAAUAUUAUUUUUUCUUUUUCAGGAAACAAUCCGAAAUCUGCUUGUUGAUUCAGUUCAUAAAAGGUUGAUGGGUAACCGUCAAUUUGGGUUCAUGUUAUCAGGGGGCCUUGACAGCUCCUUAAUAGCUGCUAUAGCGUCCAAAUAUCUGACACAAGUGAAGCCAGUUGCCUUUUCUGUGGGAUUUGAAGAUUCUCCGGAUCUUGAAAAUGCUCGUAAAGUGGCAGAACACCUAGGAAUCCCUCAUGAUAUCUUGAUCAUCACUCCUGAGGAUUGUUUGGCUAUUAUUCCUGAGGUCAUUUACGCUCUGGAGACUUUCGAUCCCUUGAUUAUCCGCUGUGGAGUGGCCCACUACCUGCUUUGCAAACAUAUCGCGAAAGUUUCCGACGUGAAAGUUUUACUAUCAGGAGAAGGGGCGGAUGAAUUAUUCGGAUCUUAUGCAUACAUGCAGAAUGCUCCCAGCACAGCAUAUUUACACAAAGAAAUCAUCAGAAGACUAAAGCACUUACACCAAUACGACGUUCUUCGAUGUGAUCGGGCCACUUCUUGUCAUGGUCUGGAAAUCAGGGUUCCGUUCCUAGAUAAGAAAAUCAUCGAUUUCUGUGCCAGAUUGCCACCAAGGUAAGGAAACUAACAGAAAUAAAAAAACAUGUUGCGUUUUAUAACGCGAAAACAGAAAUUUUAUUUUUUUGUGCUUAAAUCAUCAUAUUUAAAAAAUCUGUUUCAGAUUCAAACUUUCCACAGGGAGAAUGGAGAAAUACUUACUCCGUAAAGCCUUCGACGGGUGGAUACCCCAUGAUGUUCUCUGGCGGAGUAAGGAAGGGUUCAGUGAAGCCCUAGGGAAGAUGUGUCUGGGCACCAUCGUCCACGAUUACGUCGAUAAACUCAUCACUGCUGUCAGCAUGAAUCAGAAGUUAUCCCUUUUCCCAUGGCAUUGCCCUGAAACGAAAGAAGAAUACUGGUAUCGACAACUCUUCGAAAAGUUCUACACCACGUCAAAGAUGCACGACGUUAUUCACCAAAAAAUAUACAGGCAAGAAAUACCUCCAGAUUCUCUAAUAUUAUUUUAGAUCAGCCGCAUGGCAAACGAUGGACGAAAAAGAGAACUGUGAUAAGUUGAUGUUGAACAUCGAUGCGGUCAGAUUCCGUCGACGGUCCACCGGCUCGGCCAAGUUCUCCGGAGUUGCGUAA